AAAACACACAAGCGCCUUUCUUUAGCUGCUAUUAUUAAGGAAUUGGGAUUUCUUAUAAUGGCUUAUUCUUUCUGUAAAUAUUAUAGUAUAGGCGACUGUUGCAAAAUAAUGGAUGGUGUAAUACAUUGCAAGAAGUAUAUGCAUUGCAGUCAUUCUUAUGACGGGACAGGUGUUCUAUUGUCAGCUUAUGAGUUUAUUUUCUAA